AUGGGAGACUUAAUAGGGAGUGCCCUCUUUGCUGGACUCUCCUUUGGACUCUUCAAAGUAGCGUGUGACACUUUAGACACAUUUUUAAGAGAGAAGAUACCGGAAGUCUGUGACGAUGAGAGUAAAAAAUUAGAGACGACAAAGAACACGGACUUUACAAUAGAAAAUGAAGACGUUGAAAACACAACCAAAGAGACUCAUGACCACAAAGACGAUGUUACUGAAAUCCCAUUAGAAGAAGUUAAGACGUAUGUAGAGACUCAUUAUGAGGGAUACAAAAGUGCCAUAAACAGAAAUGAAGUGGAUGUUGCUGAGAGUGAAUUAUUGAAAGUGAUCGACUUAUUAAAGAACGUCGGGCAGUUAAAAGGGAUUGAAGGGUGUUCUCUCUUGAAAGAAGAAUCUUCACUUCGUUUCAUGCACAGUGACUACGAAGCCUCCAUUGACUUUCUUGUGAUGUCUUUAGAGUUAUUAAAGGACGUUUCGAGUACAACCGAGCAAGAGCAAACUGACGUGACACUUCUUGAAAUUGAGUCUUUAAAUCAAUUAGUCCAAGCAAAGACUUUACUGACGAAGUAUACAAAUUGUAAUAACCCUGAAAAAAUCAUCAGUGAAGCCGAGAUGAGUGCCAACGAAGCCUUAGAUAAACUCAGAAAGUUACCCGGCGAUUAUGAAGACCUUUCAUUUGAGAUUUCUUUGAGUCUUAUUCAAGUGAAAGUAUUUCAGAAAGACUGGAUUAGUGCAGAAAAGAUAGGCAGUGCUUUACUCCAGAACCAUUCUAAGAUCCCAGAGACUGAUCCUAAGAAAGUCGCUUUAAGAACAUGGCUUUCAAGUAUAUAUGUAGCUCUGAAUGACAAAGACCGUCUUGAAAAAGUCUUAGAAUACUCUCGUGAGCAUUCCGAAGGUGUCGAGAAAAUAGAAGCCUAUCAGACUUCAUCGGAGUUAUUACUUGAUUGUUCCGAUAAUGAAUCGGCAAUUAAAUAUGGACUUCAAACACUUUCUUUCAUCAAUGAGAGUCAAGUGGAGUUAACAGAAGAUUUAGAGACUCUAAUGGUUCAAACAUUUUAUACUUUAUUAGAUGCCUUUGAAAACACUAAGAAUGCUACACACUACAAUAAGUACUUUGAAAUGCUCCUUCAAAACCUUCCUAAAAAUAAGACUAUUUUGGUGCAUUCUCAUAUCUUAAGAACAGUCGAAAUACAACAAAUCCCAUCCGCUGAAAACAACAUCUUUAACAUUGUGACGAAAUUCUUGGUAAGGAGUGUCGGGGCUAGUGCUUUACCUAAGACUUACAAAGCUAAUAUCUCAUAUUAUGACACAGAUAACACUUGUUUGUGUUCAACUAUAGACUUCACGUUGAAUCAACCACAAACAACUUUCACUCUCACCUCACCACCUCUCACUCUUACCAAAAACAAAAACUAUUAUUUCAUCGUCUCUCUCAAAGAUAAUGAAACGACUUUCUCAAAACACAGGCAGUUCUUCAUGAUCGUUUAG